AUGGGGUUCAAGACCUGGGUUCACGAUACCAAUCUGCGGGUCGCUCGUAGUCCCGUGGGAAGAUGGUUUCGUCUGGAGAAUUCCGGCCAUCCACUGGAAAGAAAGGGAAGCUUUUUUUUCACUGAGCUUCGUGCGGGUCUGGCCACUUUCUUUGCUAUGGCAUAUAUCAUCUCGGUCAACAGCAACAUCACUUCUGAAACGGGGGGUACAUGUAUUUGCCCUGCUGAGAGCAUGGCAGACAACUGCGCAACCAAUUCUGAGUACUUGUUGUGCGUGCAAGAGAUCAAGCGCGACAUCGUGACCGCCACUGCAGCUAUUUCCGCCCUCUCGACUUUCUGCAUGGGUCUCUUCGCCAACCUGCCAAUUGCCCUGGCUCCCGGGAUGGGAUUAAAUGCCUAUUUUGCCUACACCGUCGUUGGAUAUCACGGAUCUGGUAUGGUUCCGUAUCAAGUGGCUUUGACUGCUGUCUUUGUCGAGGGCUGGGUUUUCUUAGGUUUAACGCUCAUCGGCAUGCGUCAAUGGCUUGCACGUGCACUCCCUGCAUCAAUCAAGCUUGCAACUGGCGUCGGCAUUGGACUUUAUCUUGCACUCAUUGGUCUUACUUACAGUGCUGGUAUCGGAUUGGUGCAAGGUGCAACCGAUACACCCAUCGAGCUGGCAGGAUGUGCUUCACAGUAUAUUGAUUCAACUACCGGAUUGUGUAUCAGCAGCGAAAAGAUGCGCAGCGCCACUAUGUGGGUAGGCAUUUUCUGUGGUGGUGUUCUUACAGCGCUAUUGAUGAUGUACCGCAUUAAAGGCGCAGUAAUCAUUGGCAUUCUCCUCGUGUCAAUCAUUUCGUGGCCGCGGACCACGCCGGUGACCUACUUUCCUUACACUGAGCUGGGAACCAGCAUGUUCGACUUCUUCAAACAGGUCGUCACCUUCCACCCCAUUAAACAUACAUUAGCAGUGCAGCAGUGGGAUAUAUCUGGCCAUGGGGGUCAAUUUGGGCUUGCUUUCAUUACCUUCCUGUAUGUUGAUAUCUUGGAUACGACUGGUACCAUGUACUCGAUGGCUCGGUUUGCUGGUGCUAUUGACGAACGCACUCAAGAUUUCGAGGGUAGUGCCAUCGCAUAUAUGGUCGAUGCAAUCUCUAUCUCGAUUGGUUCACUCUUUGGAAGCCCUCCCGUGACAGCGUUCGUUGAAUCCGGUGCCGGUAUUUCCGAAGGUGGAAAGACCGGGUUGACAUCAUGCAUGACUGGCAUUGCGUUCUUUAUAUCUGUGUUUUUCGCUCCCAUAUUCGCCUCAAUUCCUGCCUGGGCUACCGGCUGCACACUCGUGAUUGUUGGUGCACUGAUGGCCAAAUCAGCCGCAGAUAUUAACUGGCGUUACUACGGCGAUGCAAUUCCUGCAUUCCUCACAAUCGCUAUUAUGCCUUUCACUUAUAGCAUCGCCUACGGUCUUAUUGCCGGUAUUUUGAGUUAUAUACUUCUCAAUGGCAUUGCUUGGAUUCUCGAAAAGGUCAGUGGUGGCCGUAUUGUCCCUCCAAACAAGGACGAGUCGGACCCUUGGUCUUGGAAGGUCCCUGGUGGUUUCUUACCUCCAUGGGUCAAGCGUGCUGCUACCGGUAAGAAGGACUUUUGGCGUCGGGAUGAGGAACGAGCAGCAUCUGAGGUGGGAUCUUUAGCCUCUCGUAAUCAAAUUACAGUCGAGAAAGGAAAUGACAAGGGGGAUAACGAGGAUGUUAAUAAUUGA